CAUCCUUCUCAUCCUAUCGUUGUUUUGACAGAUUUUUAUAUAUUUUACUGGUUUGGUGAGGAAAAUGAUCAACUCCAGGCUUUUCAUUUUGCUGGGUCUUCUGUUAUUUGCUGCUUCCCUGUUCACCCCCUGCUGGGAUGCGGCGGCAAUGGCACCUACAGAUGAGAAAAAAUUGGAUGCAGCUACAGAAGGAGGAAACCAGGUAGUAGAUGAUGAUGCAAAGGAGGCUGUGGGAGGACGAACAUGCCGAUACCGUUGCUGUCUUAGGGGCAGAGUUGGCUGCAUCCGAUGCUGCGCUGGGUCUCAUCAAUUUGCCCACGCUCACGAAGAAGGAAGAAACCAGGUGGAUGGUUCCAAGCAGUUCGUCGGGAGAUGCCGAUAUGGCUGCUGUGGGUGGGGAAAAAAUGGCUGCAUACAGUGCUGCCGCCGCAAAAAUCCUCCGCAGACGGCAGAGGAAAGAAACCAGACGGCUUAUGCCAAACAGUUUGUAAGGAGGUGCCCAUACGGUUGUUGUGGUUUAGGCAGAUAUGGUUGUGUAUGGUGCUGCCGCCAUAAAAAGCCACCGCAGAUGGCAAGAGAGGAGUUUUUUUCCGUUUUAUAAUUAAAAAUAAAUAAAAUAUAAAAUAAUACUCUGAACAGGAAAUUUUUUCCUAAAAUAAUGCUCACGUAAUCUCGCAGCUUCAUACUGCGAGAUUUAAACUGGUGGCCACUCUGCCAUCAACGCGUGGCAAAGAAAGAAAUAGGGGUAACGCGACAAGUGAAGAAAUCUCGCAGGUCCAAGUUGCGAGAUUUCAGAAGCGAUCGAACGGAGAGGCGACUCGUGGCUGCGAGGUUACGAGCGAUUGUGACACGUGGUGAAUCUCGUAGGUUGGACCUGUGAGAUUUAAGAAGCAAUCGAACAGAGAGCGUGCCACGUGAUAAAUCUCGCAAGUCCAACCUGCGAGAUUUAAGAACCGAUCGUACGGAGAACCUGUGGGAUGAACUUGUCCUCGUUGCAUGGUAAAUUAUAAAAAUAGAGGCUCAUUUUAAGUCAUUUUUCUGGGUUGGCCUUAAAGAAGAACCACAACACGCCAGUCACAUUCAACAACUUACCAGCUCUCCAACACAAUGAACCCAACCACAAAACGUUCUGGUGUUUCAACACCAACAAUGCUGAAGCCUAAAGGCUAUCAAACAUAAUUUGCUCAAAUAACGCCAGUAAAACUUAACUUAAAACUUGCUUUCAAGGAUUGACUGCAUCACUCGCAAUUUUAUAUACAUAUAUAUAUAUAUAUAUAUAAUAUUUUUAUGUAGAUAUUAGGAAAUUUCAAUUAUCUAAAAAAAUACAUGCUUAUCUGGAAAAACAGAUACUCCUACUGCUUAUAUUAAUUAAAAACCAAAAGAGAACCUCUUCAUCACUCAUCAAACAUGGCCCUUUUGCCUUUCUAAAUUCCAAAUUUAGAAAAAGGGAAAACAGACGAGCAGAAGCAUAUUUGGUGAGUUGAUAUGGAGAUGUUGAACACCUUGAUUUGAAAAUUUCAACUUAAAAUUUGUUGGAUCACAAAGCUUCUCCUAAACCCUACUCUAUAAAUACAUAGCUAGCUAGAGUCUAUAGGAAGAAGAACUAAAAAAUUACAAAGCAAUGGCAACUAAGGGGGAGACUUACAAGAAGUGUGAGAAGGAGGAUACAAGGGUAAGGCAGUAGUAGAUGAAGAAGAAAUGAAAGCUUACCAGGACUACUAUGGAUUUUGCAACUAUUGCAACAAAGUCUUCCAAAAAGAGCGAGGUUUCCUCAAUCACCAGAAGACCGUCCACAACAAUGAACGGUUCGUGGAAAAGAUCACAGGUUCCCGUACACCGCCACUGCCUCGAAAUCUGACGGAGCACCGUCUGAGUCUACCAACAGCACACUCUCUGUCGCCAACUCCCCAAUGAGCUGUGUUGAGAACUCGAUGAACAGAGGAGAAAGAAAACUGAAAAUCAGAAAAAGGAAAUUGGGGGAAUUUAAGUGUCUGUGUAAUGAACAAGAAUCAAUUUCUUCAAGUAAAAAUAAAUAACAGAAAAUAAUAGGUAAGUCAGCUAAGUCUUCUCUGGCUUUUUCUCUUUCUUUUGCUUUCCUUCUUUAGGUUUCAAUUCCAUGCUGUAAAUUUGAGAAGCCAUACUCCCAACAAGCUGAGCUAGCAGGUUCCCCUACACCGCCGCUGCCUCGAAAUCCGCCGGAGCACUAUGCCUAGACAAACUCAACUUCCCCUCUUGAAAGAGUACAAACUCCUUAGUUUUGCCGAUAAGCAAUAUAAUCUGCCAGCGCAGUCAAUGGUGCCGCCUUGUUUGUAAAUGCCCUCGACUUCGAGUUUUUUCCCGUUUUAUAAUUAGAAAUAAAUAAAAUAUAAAAUAAUACUCUGAACAGGAAA